AAAACGAUAUGAUGAGGUUUUCCAGAACGAAAAUUUCUGAAUUACCAUUAUGAAAUGUUACGACGCGAGUAAUAAACAAAGUAGUCAUGGAAAUGGAUACCCCUGAAUUACAAUAUAGUGGUUGCUAUAUCGAAGAAUUUCAAGAUUCACAAGCUUGUGAGCCUUCAUUGCAAUGCGGGUGGACAGGUUGUUAUCAGACGUUCGAGAGCAUGGACCGACUAACUUUGCAUCUGACGAAUGUUCAUUUGUUUGCCAGCCAUCAUUGCGAUCAACCUCUUCACUGUUUUUGGCAGGGAUGUGACAAUUUUGAUGCUCAAAAUCACAAUCAUCUCACAGUUCACGUUCUCUACCACGCUUACCACACUGAGCUGAAAGCUUGUGCAACAAAAGCUAUUGAGAAAUCGCAGUCAAAUCCUCCUCAGUGUCAGCUGAUAGCAUAUUGCUCCAGUCUUCCCGAUUUGCCUCCAAAUGGGUUCACAUGCAUGUUGGAUCACGGAAGAUGCAUGGAAACGUUCUACAGCUUCCACAGUUUUCAUAUACACGUCAAAAAUCACGUUUACUCCUCGGCUUUAACAGAAAGAAAAUGUACUUGGCUUGGCUGCAACCGAACUGCUCUUUUCAAGACUAAAUUCUUUCUUAACAAUCAUCUCAGAACUCAUACCGGUGCCAAGAAGUUUGCUUGUCCACAAUGCGGAGCCAUGUUCGCAAACAUCGAGAAACUCAAAGGCCACUGUGUGCGUCAAAUUCUGGACGAAAAAUCGAAAAUGUACAAAUGCACAUUCUGCAAGAUCGCUUUCGCCUCUUACUCACUUCUCAGGGACCAUUUAAGAACACACGUUAAGCUGUACCAAUGCUCGAAGUGUGCGCUGCCAUUUGCUAAAAAGUCGGCUCUGAGAAACCAUUGGAAGUUCAAGCACAGUGAGGAAAGGAUGUUUCCUUGCCCAAUGGAAUUAUGCAAUUACUCGGCCAAAACAAGAAACGACUUGCUGAAACAUUUGAAAAGUCACGAGCAAAAAGAAAAACUAUCUUGUGAAUUUUGUGACAAAAAAUUUAAAUCUCAGUUCGGGUUUCGUUAUCAUAUGGAAUCAGAGCACAAUGUAAAAGCAAGGUCAGAGUAUGUGUGUCAUCUUUGUGGCCCGGAAACAGUAUUUCAUCGCGGGGUGUACCUGAGCGGGCAUUUAAUUAAGAAACACGGCAUGCAUCGUCCACCUGGGCAGAAGUUUUCGUACAUCAAAGCAGACGAUGGAAAACUCUAUUUAGCGCAAGAUGAACUGCAUGAAGUUGUUGGAUCAACGGAAGUGCAGUCAAUGGGCUCGGGAGUUACACCAGAGACUGUGUCUUCAGCUGAUACAGACCAGAUUUGGGACCAAAAUAGCGAAGACAUGCCGCUAAACUACGUAAUUCAUCAGCAUAGUUAUGGUUUCCCGGGAUCAGAAGAGUCGAGCAGCAGUCCAGACUUCUACCGGCAACCGUGCUAUGCGUCUACCCCACGAGAGCGAUAUAUUGAUUCUGCUGGUUAUUGAAUUAGAGUUUUUUUUAAUCAGUUUUGCCUAUAUACUCCCUGACUAGUUUUGUAUUGCUGGUUGCCUGAAAGUUUUUGGUUAAUGAACACCACAUCAUGCCGUGAAAUCAGAAAUCGUAUAUAAAAGUAGCUAAUCCACGUUUUUGCUGAUAUAGAAGUAUUAGCUUAAGCCUAACCGCCGAGAGCAGCAGAAUCUUUGAACUCCAUUCAAUGACAAAGAAUGAUCAAGUGUUUAGAAAAACAGUUUGAGUUACAGUUUUAUCUAUUACUUUUCAAUUUGUUGCAAUUUAGUUUCCU